AUGUCCACGCCUACCGAAGGGUCGGUCCUCGAAACCCAGAAAGAUGCUGCGAUUGAGGUAUCGGUCCCCAAAGGCCUCGAUCCAGAGGGUCUUGAUGCCAUUCGGGUGCUUCUUCAGAGUCAAGCUCUAGGCGGCAAUGAUACACCAAAACAGAUUGGCGUAUCUUUCAAGCAUCUCUCGGUGACAGCCCCAUCAGGAACCCAGGUCCAGGUCAAGACUCUGCCUCGAGCCAUCCUCAACACCUUUGGGCCCGACCAAGUUCGAUUUAUUAGAGAACAGGUCUUGGCACGCAUCAGCCCUCGAAAUUCUGUCCCUGAGGGGAAGACAAUCCUCAAUGGAUUCUCGGGCGUUGUCAAACCGGGGGAAAUGCUUCUUGUCCUGGGACGCCCAGGUAGUGGAUGCUCCACGUUCCUCCGCACUGUCGCCAGCCGAUCUAACCUGGCCACUACCGGUGACCUCGAGUACGCCAAUGUAUCUUCUUCUGUCUUCAAGCGUGACCAUGCCAGGGAGACCAUCUAUCUACCUGAAGAGGACAGGCACAUUGCGUCCUUGACCGUCAGGCAGACGAUCCAGUUUGCUCUCCGCAAUUCUCUCCCGACAGAUGCUCGCAACACGAAGCUCGUGGCAAGCCUGGUUGAUGUUAUCGCCAAGAUCUGCGGCCUCUCACAUGCUCUCGACACUCCUGUUGGUGGUGCAUUCUCUCCCGGUGUCUCGGGCGGAGAGAGGAAACGUGUUUCCAUCGCCGAGGUCCUAGCAGCUGGCUCCUCGGUCCAAUGCUUCGACAAUUCGACCCGUGGCCUCGACUCUUCAACGGCUCUGGACUUUGUAAAGGCUCUAAGAGCCUUCACCGAUAUCGGUCACAAGACAACUCUUGCAACACUUUACCAAGCCGGCGAAGAGAUAUACCGAAAUUUCGACAAGGUUGUCGUUCUCUCGGAAGGAUACGAAGCCUUUUUUGGAAGCACGUCCGAGGCCUGGAGCUAUUUCCAUAACCUUGGAUUUAUUCCCAUUCCUGGCCAGACAACGGCUGAGUUCCUCGCAACAGUGACAGACCCCGACGAGAGGAAGGCUAUUCCCGGGUCAGAAGCCGAUAGCAUCAAUUCUUCUGCCGAUCUUGCCGCAGCCUUCAAAAGGUCUAACCACUAUGCACGCCUCGUCAGUGAGAUCGACGAAUAUCGAGAGAAGCAGGGUCAGGCAGAUGCUCUACUUCCAACCUACUCCUAUCGCUUAUCGCUGCCUUCUCAGGUAAAGGAAAGUUUGAAGCGAGAGUAUCAACUCGUCAAGGGACAGAGGCGGGUUUACUACAUCAAGUGGAUCACGACCAUCAUUCUCUGCCUUGUUUGCGGCAGCGUGUACUUUGACAUUGAGAACAAUGCACAGGGUGCUUUUACGCGUGGUGGGAUCCUGUACUUUGCACUAAUCUUGAACGGAUGGUUGCAGUUCCCUGAGCUUUUCGACGCCUACACAAACAGGCCUGUACUAGAGAGACAAGCCAACCUCCACCUGACGCGUCCAGCUGCAGUUGCGUUGGCCCGUUUCCUUAUUGACCUGCCGCUCAUCGCCUUCCAACACGUUCUAUUCACUUUGGUGUUUUAUUUUCUUUCGCGGCUUCAGGUUGAGGCUGGCAAGUUCUUCUUCUUCUACCUGACGCUCUUCAUUUCGACAGUAUGCUUCAGCAACCUCCUCCGCAUGUUUGCCUACUUUGUUGGCACGUUGGAUGACUGUUUUCGCUACGGAGGGUUUUCCUGCACGGUGCUUCUUCUGUUUGCCGGCUUCCUGAUCCCUCCCAAUGACAUGAGUCCAGCUUUCGGAUGGCUGCACCAUAUCAAUCCCAUGUUUUACGGAUUUGAGAAUCUCUUUAGUAGCGAGUUCAGCAACCUGGACCUCUCGUGCCAUGAUAACCUCAUCCCAGCACAGGGUAUUGCGGGACAUCAGACUUGCGCAGUCAGAGGUGCUUUACCUGGCCAGAUUAGUGUGCCAGGACUACAGUACGCCGAGUCUUUCGGAUUCUCUUACUCCCACAGAUGGCGAAACAUUGGCAUCAUGAUCGCCAUUGGUCUGGCCUAUCUCAUCGCCGGCAUCUUUGGAAGUGAGUUCAUGAGCUUCGCACCCAAUGGCGGCGCUCCUCUCGUCUUUGCUAAGCGCCGCAAGGCUUCGAGUCCUGAUUCACAUGAUGUUGAGAAGUCCGCUCCCUCAUCCGGCCAUGCCAGCGUUCUUUCAGGUCGGAUUGGGCAGGUUGCCCUCAAAUGGAACCAACUCAGUGUCGACAUUGGCGAUAGUCACAUUCUCAAGAACAUCUCGGGGUACGUCAGGCGGGGGGAGCUAACUGCUCUCUGCGGCGCCAGCGGAGCAGGCAAGACGACACUUCUCACGGCUCUGAGUCAGACGAACUUUGCGGGCAGUAUCGUAGGUGGAGAGGUUCUCGUCGGUGAUCAGCCGCCCAGUUCGAGCUAUAGGAAGACAGUUGGAUUUGCGCAGCAGAUGGAUCUCCACGAUGGAACAGCAACUGUUCGGGAGGCUCUCGAGUUCUCUGCCCUUCUCCGACAGCCGAAGCAUUACUCAAAGGCUGAGAAGCUGGCGUACGUCAGCAAAGUCUUGGACUUACUUGACCUUAAUGACGUUCAGGAUGCUCUGAUUGGAGAAGACGGUGGUGGUCUUGGUGUUGAGCGGCUCAAAAGAGUGACGAUUGGUGUUGAACUUGCCGCGCGGCCCGAGAUCUUGUUCGCCGAUGAGCCAACCUCCGGACUGGAUUCUCAAGGUGCAUCUCGCAUCGUCCACUACCUCAAGACACUUGCUCGUCAAGGCCAGGCGAUAGUUGUCACCAUCCACCAACCGUCUGCUCUGGUGUUUUCCCAGUUUGACAAUCUACUGGCUCUGUCUUCAGAAGGCCGCCAACUCUACUUUGGCAAGGUCACUGAAGCUCUGUCGUACUUUGCUCGCAACGGUGCAACGUGUCCUGAGGGUGCAAACCCCGGCGAGUUCAUCCUCGAGACUGUUGGCGCAGGUGUCAACGCUCGCACGUCUGACAAGGGCUCCAACUGGGCGUCGACAUGGGCUGCCUCCCCAGAGGCCGCUGAUCUUGGGCGAGAGAUCACAAAUAAUAGUGAUGCUUCCAAGAAUCUUUCGCCUGGCUUCGGCGAAGAGGUCACGUCCGAGCAUAACGCCUCUGUGUUUCUGCAGACAAUACUUCUCACCAAGCGGAUGCUGCUCAACCAGUGGCGUAGCCCGCCGUACAUCUACUCCAAGAUCUGGGUUCAUGUCAUUAGCGCUAUUCUCGUCGGCUUCACCUUCUUCCAGAUCGGCACUAGCCCGCAGGAUCUACAGAAUCGGAUGUUCAGUGUCUUCUUCAUCCUCUUCCUUUGCAACGCCAUUGUCAACGUGAUUUUGGCACGUUACUUCUUUGCAAGUCUGUACUGGCAGUUUCGCGAAGGGCCGUCUCAUGCAUAUGGAUGGAUUGCUUUCGUAUCUUCAACCAUCCUCUCAGAGAUACCCGGUGCUAUCUUGGUCACCGUUCUGUACUUUGUCAUCUGGUACUUCCCAGCCGGUUUGCCUUUAGAUCAGGCCGGCUAUAUCUUUCUAUUUCUUCUCACAUAUGAGAUUUUUCAAGUCCUCCUUGGUCUCUUCAUGAUGGCCCUUAGCCCAGAUCUUGGCGCAGCAGGAAAUGUUCUCGUUUUUAUUGUCUGCACUUGUAACUGGUUCAACGGCAUCAUUGUCCCUUACAGCCAGAUCCAGAUCUUCUGGCGUUACUGGCUCUACUACUUAUCCCCAUUUACGUACCUUCUUGGCGGAAUGGUGACGGCCGUGACCUCAUCUGUCGAUGUGUCGUGCUCAUCAGCAGACCUCACAGUAUUUACUGCGCCUGCUAACGAGACUUGUUCUUCAUAUGUAUCGGAAUGGGCUCUAUCCGCCUCCGCUCAACUGCUCAACCCCGAAGCCUCUGGUGAUGACUAUUGUCAGGUAUGUCGUUGGACUACUGGGACUCAGUUCUUGGACCAAUUCAACCUUGGAGAAGGUCAACUCGGUGGACAAUGGGGUAGUUGGGGAAUCUUUGUCGUGUUCACGUUCAGUAAUCUUGCCUUGGUCUACUUCUUCACUUGGGCCACCAAGGUGAAGGGGUGGAAGCUGUUCUACUUCUUUUAG